AUGAAUGGUGAUGUAUUGUUAAUCAGUCUUUAUGUAGACGACAUUAUAUAUACAAGCUCUUCUUCUGUUUUAUUGGCUCAAUUCAAGAUUGACAUGAUGAAUACUUUCAAGAUGACAGACUUGGGUUUAAUGAGUUACUUUCUGGGAAUUGAAGUGAAGCAAAAUUCUGAGGGUUUCUUCAUCUCACAGCAGAAGUAUAUUGAAGAUUUAUUAGUUCACAUGAACAUGAAACUUUGCAAACCCGUGAGUACACCAUUAGCAGUAAAUGAGAAACUUGAAGAAGGUGACAGUGAUAAGUUCUCAGAUCCUGGAACUUACAGAAGUUUGAUUGGGAAGUUACUCUAUGUCACACACACUCGGCCAGAUAUUGUUUUUCCAGUUAAUUAUCUAUCUAGAUUCAUGAAUCAACCAAGCAAAAUUCAGUUCAUUGUUGCAAAGCGAGUUGUGAGAUAUCUCGCAGGUACCAAGACACUGGGUCUGUGGUAUUCACGGGGAGAUGAUGGUGAAUUGGAGGCUUUCUCCGACAGCGACUGGGGAGGUUCUAAGGCUGAUCGGAAGAGCACAUCAGGAGUAUUUAUCAAAUUGGGCUCAUGUCCUAUCUCUUGGGGAUCCCGAAAGCAGGAUGUUGUGCCUCUCUCCACAACCGAAGUAGAGUAUAUCGCAUCUACAGGAGCAGCAUGUCAAGUUGAUAAUCUCUCUGCCAUUGCUGUGGCCAAGAAUCCCGCAGACCAUGGUCGAACGAAGCAUAUAGACGUGAGAUAUCACUUUAUCCGAGGGUUAGUAUCAGAAGGAGUGAUUUCUCUGUACCAUUGUAGCACUGAAGAUCAUAUUGCUGACAUCUUCACCAAACCUUUACUCACUGAAAAGUUUGUCAUGUUCAGAAGCUUGCUUGGGAUGAGAUCGUCUCAAUCAAGGGGGGAUGUUGAUGCUGAUUGA